AUGAGCAAUUUCCUCGCGCCCGAUGGCAAGCGCUACUUCUCCUACAGUCAGAUCGCCGCCACCGUGAGCGGUUCGGUGCCCGAGGUACAAAAGCCGAUCCUCGCCAUCUCUCUCGAGCUGUACGACGACGCCACAAAGACGGCGAACUCCUCCGUGAUUUGCAAGCAGUGGUUCGACGAGGCGCCCGGCACGUUUGGCUCGCUGGUCGACGACACGCGUGCGACGCUCCAGUUUGCCGUCGAGGAGCUCAAGCGCCUGCAGCGGUGGGCGUCUAUGUGGUGGCGUCGGAAUGUCACGCCCGACUUCCCUUCGCACACCUCCACACGUGCCUUGCUGGCACGGCAGGUGCACAACAAGGCCAAGCCAAAGACGGGCUCGCUGCCCGACGACGUGACGUACAUCGCGGGCGAGAACGUGGAGGAUGACGCGGCCGCAUACGGCCAGGGCAUCGCCGAGCACGAGGCGCUCGCCCGCUCGUGCGCAGAGGGUGGUGCCGACGGCGCGCGCAAACGGCCGCGCGAGGCUGAGCCUGAGGGCUCGGACUCGGCGGCGCCCGCCGGCACUGGGCUCUCCCUCUCCGGCCUUCCGGCGCUGCGCUGGCUUGGCGGCGUGGAGGGCGCCGCGUCGGUCGAGGAGGGCGUGCUGACGAUGACGGCGGGCGCGAGGACGGACUGGUUCAACCCUCCGCCCGGCGAAGGAAUGCCUUCCGGCCUUGCAAACGCGCCGUGCCUCGUCUUCUCGCCGCCGCCCGGCGACUGGCAACUGGCGGCGCGCGUGGAGGUGCGCACCCUCUUCGUUCACCGGGGGCCAGGCGACUGGUGCAAGCGCGGCGUCUCAGACGACGCGAACGGCGCGGCGGUCGAGGGCGGGGCGGUGCGCCUGCGCAUUUCCAAGCUCGGCGCCGCCCUCGCCUUCCACUACGCGCACGACGGAGGAGAGGCAUGGACGCUCACCCGGAUCUUUUGCCUGCGCGAGCCGAGCGCGCCGCUGUCGGUCGGAUUCCUGGCGCAGUGCCCGACAGGGCAGGCGUGCACGGCAAGUUUCUCGCGGGUUGCGCUGACCGAGACGACGCUGCGCGACCCGCGCGACGGGAAGGCACACGCCGCGCUGGGAGCGGGUAACACCACGGGCGCCGUAGAAAAAGAAGUUCACAUCCAAGCCAGCCCUGGGCAAAGAAACCAGUACCUCAUCAGGCUUCCCUGA